AUGCAUCUCAUCGACUUUACCAAGUUUGCAAACAUCGUAGACGGCACCCGUCGCUCGUCUGAGAGUUUCUACACUGGCACAAACGCGGCGACUGGAUCAUCGCUAUGGCAGACCCCUGUUGCUACAAGCCAAGACGUCGAAGAUGCGGUUGUCGCUGCGCGAAAGGCAUUUGGUUCCUGGGCAGCGAAAACGUACAAGGACCGGACUGAGCUGCUUGAAAGGUUUGCCGAUAUAUUUUUGGCCCAUGCAAACCAGUUUAUCGAGCUGCUAGGUGCAGAAACGGGUCGAAGUUAUGAAAUAUCAGAGAAAAGGCAAGAGGAUGAGACGAAAUAUACGAUUGUCCGAUACGAGCCUCUGGGGGUCGUGGCAGCGAUAUGUCCAUGGAAUUCAAUUGGCAAAAUUGCCCCAGCGAUAGCCACAGGAAACUGUGUCAUCGUGAAGCCAUCGCCAUUUGCCCCAUACACGGCGUUAAAACUGGUUGAGUUGGCUCAACAGGUAUUUCCUCCAGGAGUAGUACAAGCUUUGGGAGGAGAUGAUCAUCUAGGUCCCCAGCUCGUCCGUCAUCCAGGAAUUCAAAAGAUAUCAUUCACUGGGUCAACCAUUGCUGGCAAGAAGAUUAUGGAGGCCUGUGCCGGGACGGUCAAGAGGCUGACUUUGGAAAUGGCCGGAAAUAAUCCAUCGCUUGUUCUUCCAGACGUUGACAUCGAGAAAACAGCUCCUUUGAUAGCUGCUGGCCUAUGGUUCAACGCAGGUCAAAUCUGUCUCGCUAGCCGCCGAUUAUACAUCCACGAAACCAUCUAUGAGAGCUUUGUUGACGCACUUGCACGAGCCACAAACUCCGCUGCCAAAGAUGUCGUGGCCAACGUGGGCCCUGUGCAGAACUAUAUGCAACUGAAGAAAUUGCAGGCGUUGUUUGAAGAUAUUCGCAAGCGGGGAUACAAAAUCAGAACCGAACAGGCCGGGAUACGCGAUGGGGAGGGGUUUUACGCCUUUCCUACGAUUGUGGAUAAUCCGCCCCCUGAUUCGACCAUUGUCAAGGAGGAACACUUUGGCCCCGUCAUCCCAUGUAUACCGUUUUCUGACGUUGAUGAAGCAAUUCGUCUUGCCAAUAACACGGAAAGUGGGCUCGCGGCGAGCAUCUGGACGAACCAAAUGGAACUUGCCGAAGACAUUGCCAGGAGGCUAGAGGCGGGAAAUAUCUUUAUUAAUGGGCCACCUCAACCAGAUCCGUUUGUCCCCUUUGGGGGCCACAAGCAGAGCGGUAUCGGGGUUGAGUAUGGGCUUGAAGGCUUGUUGAGCUACUGCCAGAUCAAGUCGAUAUACAAGUAUCAAUGA